AUGGUUUCCUGUGUGAGGCGCUCUAGCCUGCGCAGAUCGAGACGUCGCGGCGGCUUUGCUAGGCUACCGGAGACUCCGGAAGGCGCCUCGCUGGUCGCGCGGUCGGCCAUGGAGACCCUGCGCAAAGCGCUGAUCGCGGGCGCAGUGCUGGGCGCGGGGGCUGGCGUGGGCACCGCGCUCUUUGUCCUCGUGACCCCGGGAGAACAGCAGAAGCAGGCGAUGCUGAAGGAGAUGCCGGAGCAGGACCCGCAGCGCAGGGACGAGGCGGCCAGGACCAAAGAGCUACUUCUGGCCACUCUGCAGGAGGCAGCGGCCACGCAAGAGAACGUCGCCUGGAGAAAGAACUGGAUGAGUGGCGGCGGCGGGAAGUCAGCCUGAGGCCAAACCUGCCCCCGUGCGCGCCGGGACCUCCGCUGCAGCGCAGGAACCCGAGCCGGCCUUACUCCUCUGUGGGCCGGCGGGGAGUCCAGACACGCGCAGACCUCUUCGGGACCUGGGGAGCUGCUGCCGGGUGAGCACCUUCCCCCCCAAACCCUGCAUUGACUGCGUUUUAACGUCCACGUCUUGUGCCAGGUCAUCGGAUGUGGCUAACUGAAGGAACCAAUAAAUCAUGUUCCUCCA